AUGUCUGGAGUUCCUGAGGAUGAGAAUCCAAACAAAGACCAUGAAGAAAAAGAGAUUAAGAAAGAGGAGAUAGAAGAACCACAGGGGGUACAUAAACACCGCUUCAAUGUUAAGUUUAAAGCAACAAACAAAAUAUUCCCUGUUACCUGUCGGAAACCAGGCACAGUGCUGGAUGCGAUAAAGAAUGACCACGGUGAUAAACUUGAGAAAAUGAGAGAUAAUAAAAUUAUUAUUCAGCUUGGUACAGAAGAUAAGAAACACAUGAUUGCGACACACUUCCCUUGUUGUUUAGUUAAAGAUGAAGAGUAUCUGUGUGUAUCAAGUACAAAAGAAACAGUUGAAGAAGUUCAGGAGCAACAUGACAGAGCAAUACAACCAAAAGACGACUAUUCUGUCUUCUAUAUCGAUACAAUAGGUGGAGUAAAUGCUAAAUCAAAGAAAAAGUUUAGAAACACUAUUGUGAAGGAGUUUAAGUACCUCUGUGUUUAUGGAGAAAAAGGAAUGAAAGUACAAGAGGCUCUGAGAAGAGAUGGUCGCUUCUGUGAACUAGAGGACUUUGAGUUGUCUGAUAACGCCGACAAACCAGUAACAUAUGGAUGGAAGACAUAUGUAGAGGAUCUUGAUCAUAAAGAACUUAAGAUAUGUCUAUCAAAGGGAAAGAAUGUGAGUAAGGGAAACUUUCAGCCCCCCACUGAACAACAGAAACAGCAGAAACAAGCAGGUUCAACAGAGACGUGCCAAAGCACACAUGAAGCAAGACCCUAUCUGGAAAAUGCCCGUGACAGUGGAAAACGUGUUGGAAAUAUAUUGAAAGAGUUACGUUCAGAUAAAAGUGAGGAUGUUGCCAAACGUGAGGAGAUUUACAAACAGCUCCGUGAGCAGUUCCCAGAACUGAAAAGGUGGAUGGAGAGCAGGUUUUCUCCUGAAUCUUACCAGAAGGCUUUGAAACAUGAGAAGUUUGGUAAGACCCAACAGUCUUUUAGUGAAGUUUAUAGACUUCAGAAGUUGCUGGAAAUGGGAAAAUCCGUCUGUAAGAUUGUUGUUUCUGGUGUUUGUCAGGGAACAGGCUUUGUGCUGUUUGACAAUCUGAUCCUGACUAAUGCCCACCUGUUCAGAGGGCACCACGAGGGAAAAGUCCUAUCCUCUGGUAAAAAAGUUUCUGCUCUGUUUGACUACGACAUCCCUCAGCCAGAGACACGUUGCUAUUAUUUCUAUGCUGAGAACACAUUCGUUGACAUUGAUCAGGACCUAGAUUAUGCCAUACUCAAGCUCAAACCUGAGGGUGAAAAAUUAAAUCCAAAGACAAAAGAAAAAGAUAUAAAAAUCCCUCCAGGGCUGCUGAAAAGUUUCACUGAGCUUCCUAAGAAUGGUGAGGCCUGUAUUAUUGGCCACCCAGCAGGAGAAGUGAAGAAACUUGAUCCAACAUGCAUCAUUGAGCCAGAAAAUAGACCACAGGCUGUCAAUCAUCAUCUGGCUCCUUAUCAAGGAACCCUUUUCACAAUCACUUCUAUCGUUGAAACAAUUAGAUCUCAAGGCAUUGAGCAAAUAAUGCAAAUGAAUGUUGGGACUUACAACACUUUCAUGUAUCAUGGUGCUUCUGGCUCUCCAGUGUUUGAAGCUAACUGCAACGUUUUUGGGUUGCACACUGGAGGGUUUACCUAUGGGUUUGAAGGUCAUAAAGAGAGUGUGAUUGAGUACGCUAAACCUCUGCUCACCAUAUUUGAAAAGUUUGUAAAUAACCUGAAGGAAUCAGGUGAUACAGAGAUGUUAGAGAAGGUUAAGAAGCAAGCACAGAAAAACGAAAACCUUCAGAGGAUCAUUGAUUCUGCUGAACAGGAUGCUGAGGAGCCCAUGUACACAAGUUAGAUGUAGCCAGAUGUCUCCAAAUACAAAUGA